CAAAUCAUUUACCAACUUGCAUCUUUAACAAAAAAAAUUAAUAUAUAUGAAAGUAAAAUAAAACUAUUUCCUUUCCAUUUUUGAUACAACUAACUAACAACACAAAAGGAAAAAAAAAAACACAAUACCAAUAAAAGACAGAAUUACCCAUUUUAAAUAUGAACUUUUAUUUUAAAAUAAAAGGUAAUAUCGUAAUUUACACUCCCAAGUUCCGACGUACACUUUUAAUAUUCAUCAUCAUCAUCGCGCCAUGUUACUUUCUUCUUCUGCUUCUGUUUCUUUUCCAAGUUUUUAAAGAGAGAGGGAAAGAAACAAAAAAAACAGAGAGCUUUGGUUCCGGAUCUUGAUUAUGGCAAGCGGGUGGGUCAAAUCGUUACAAUGCAAAUCUAAAGCUUUCGAUGAUGUUUACAAUCCGAUUAAAAACCCUAACCCGAAUCCGAACCCGAGUCCGAAACAUCUCAUGUCAAGUUACAGUUGCAGAAGAAGCACACAGAGUCUCAAAGAUGUGAUCGAAACCAAAAAAACCAAACCAAAACCGAAGAAACCCAAAUCAAAACCCGAUAAACGAGAACCCGACCCGGUUUUAUCUCCUUCAACCCGGAUCCGAUCAACCGGAGCUCGUGAUCGUGACCCGUUUCUACCGACGUUAACGGAGCUCGCGGAAGGUCAUCAGUCGCGUAAUGUGGUGGAGAUUAUUUUCCAGACGAGUUGGGGUCCGAAACCGUUUUCGGGUCGGGUAGAAAUGAUUUUCAAAGUGCAAAACGGGUCUAAGACUUUGACCCGGUUCGAGGAGUAUCGUGAAGCUGUGAAAGCUAGGAGCGUGGGGAAAGCACGUGAAGAGAACGCGCGUUCCGUAGCCGACGGGAACGAGACGAUGAGGUUUUACUGUUUGGGUCCGAGUUACGGCGGCGGUGGAGGCGCGUGGGGUAUUUUAGGAGGAAAAGGCGUUGGCGCGUCGAUUUACACGUUCGCCGGAAGUAGUAUGGCAAAUGAGAAGGCCGGCGGUGGGAAAGGGAGGAAGGCAAUGUUGGUUUGUCGGGUGAUAGCGGGUCGGGUCACGAAGCAAAACGAGUUAAGGUAUGACUCGGAUUUGAGGUCACGGUUUGACUCAGUGAGUGGUGACGACGGCGAGUUGCUCGUGUUUGAUACACGUGCGGUGUUGCCUUGUUUUCUCAUAAUCUACCGUUUGUAAAAAUUCCCAAAAAAAAAAAAAAACUUAUUUUAUUUUAUUUUUAUUUCUAACUUUUGACAUUGUAAUUUCAUUUAUCAACACAAUUUUCCCCUAAUGUUUAGGGAUUUUUUAUAUAUUUCCAAUGUAUAAUUGGUAGAAAAUUGUGUUGAUAAAUGGUAAUUAAUUCUGUAAUCGGGAUCUCUUUAAUAAUUAAUCAAUGCAGUUAAGUGUUAAAAAAAAA